GUGUGUGUAGAACUCGCGUGCGCGUCUCUGGAGCGCGCCCGGCAGAACGCGCGCAGCUACUCUGGAAUUAUAUUUCUUCUCCGUGUCGAAACCGGACAGGGAUUUUUAAAAAAAAAAGUCUUUGCGCGCGCGAUGAGCAGCUUUAACCUCGCAAGCAUGAGACGAUCGCGUCCGCAGAGCGCACUGACAGCUCAAGUUUUUCCCGCGUCAUUACAUCAGUGCACUGGUGACACCACCUAACUGGAAACACUAACCUGACUGUGAGAAAGAUGGACUCAGCAUGGAUGUGACUCAGUCCAAUGCAACGGAAAACAUCACCUCAAAACCAUGGCCGUACACGGACACGGCCGCCGCGUUCAUCAUCCUCGUGGUCUCCAUCAUCAUCCUGCUCACCAUCGUCGGGAACGUGUUGGUUAUCGUCGCGGUUCUGACCAGCCGCGCGCUCCGCGCGCCACAGAACCUCUUCCUCGUGUCGCUCGCGUGCGCGGACAUCCUCGUGGCCACCCUCGUGAUCCCGUUUUCACUCGCCAACGAGGUCAUGGGACACUGGUACUUCGGCAGCACCUGGUGCGCGUUUUACCUGGCUCUGGAUGUGCUGUUCUGCACAUCCUCCAUCGUGCACCUGUGCGCCAUCAGCUUGGAUAGGUACUGGUCCGUCACCAAAGCGGUGAGCUACAACUUAAAGAGGACACCAAAGCGCAUUAAGACGAUGAUCGCGGUGGUGUGGGUCAUUUCAGCCGUCAUCUCAUUCCCACCCCUCAUCAUGACCAAACACAACGAGACGGAGUGUUUAAUCAACGACGAGACCUGGUACAUCCUCUCCUCGUGCGUCGUGUCGUUUUUCGCGCCGGGGUUCAUCAUGAUCACGGUGUACUGUAAAAUAUACCGCGUCGCCAAACAGCGCUCGUCCACCGUAUUCGUGGCGAAGAACGGGUUGGAGAGGCAGCCUUCGCAAUCCGAGACGUGCUUCGUGCGUAAAGCCAAGUUCGAGAAGGAGUCUCCGAGCACCAACAGCUCCGACAGCAACCAGGGGCAGGAGGAGUUGGACGAUAUCGAUCUGGAGGAGAGCGCGACUUCGGACAGCAAACACAAGAGCUCGCGCUUCUCCAAGCGCAAGGUGGACGGCGCGCGCUGCGGUGGCGCGCAGAGGGCUUGCAGGAUCUCCUGGGCUUCCCAUCAGGAGCAGAGCAGCAAACAGCUCGCCGUGGUGUCCAAAACCAAAGUGGCUCAGAUGCGAGAGAAGCGCUUCACCUUCGUGCUGGCUGUGGUGAUGGGGGUGUUUGUCCUCUGCUGGUUCCCGUUCUUCUUCACCUACAGUCUCCAGGCCAUCUGCGGGGAGAGAUGCGAGCCGCCCGUCGCGCUGUUCAAACUCUUCUUCUGGAUCGGAUACUGUAACAGCUCGGUCAAUCCCAUCAUUUACACGAUUUUCAACAGGGACUUUAGGAAGUCUAUUAAGAAAAUCGUUUGCGUGACGACGCAGCACACCUGACCUGACCCGACCCGACCUGAGAGACUCGUGUUCGGACACGUUUAAAUGUGUGAAUGACAACAAACCGAGUGGAAUCUGCUAAAUACUUUUACCUUUUCUUUUUUUUUUUAAGCAAUUAAGUGUUUCUUCGCUCAUCACAGUCUUGGAAACCAUUCAUCAUGUCUUGCAUGUCAAAUAUUAUAUAACAUCAUAUUUAAUAAAAUAUUGGAUUCUCGAGCUGACAGAUAUAUUAAUUUACGAAUAUGAAUCUCAAGCUAAAUGGUCCAUUCCCUUGUUCCAUUAAGAUUUAUACAUGGAAUUAUACGUGCCCAUACCUGAAGAAACACUCUAUGUGUUUUAAUUAACUGGGUUAAGUAUGAAGUCAUCAAUUGUUUUAUCAUUUAAAACCCAACUAAGCUAUAUUUCUUUAAAACACGCCACCUGGUUUGAUUGUUUUUCCUAAUGCAAUGUCAUUCACACAUUAAAUAAUUCUUGGUGCCACUGAUGUACAUAACGUUUGUAUAUAUUAAGUGAGAAAUAACUGACUUACAUGUUAUCAAAACUCCCUGUAAAUAUUGCCUAUAAAAUGUAUAAAUGUAAAAAAAGGGCAUUAAAUAUUAAAUUGUGCUGUAGGCUAUAUUUUCCACA